GCGCGCGACGGGGCGCGCGUCAGUCCGACCGCGACUGUUGCGCUGGGCGCGCGUCUUUUCGUCGCAGAGUCACAUAUCAUGAACGGCGAGUACUCUUUCAACCCGGUGCGGCUCAUUGAAGAGGUGAAGAAGCGACCGGGGUUGUAUCAGAGCCACCACACGCUCGACCGGGACGAGAAGCUGGUACUUUGGAAGGAGAUAGGCGCCGCGCUGUUCCCCAACUGGGACUCCUUCGACAAGGCCACUGCGUACGACCGAGUACUGCAGUUGCAAAAGAAAUGGAGGUCACUGCGCGACGCUUACAACCGGGAACUGCGCUCAAGGAGGUCAGGGGUUCGAAUCCACCGACGUGUGUAUAUGUACUUCAAACGUAUGAGUUUUCUCGGAGGCUUCGACGGAGAUGUCAGCGAUGAGACUGACGAGCCAGAAGACAUAACACGAGAAGAAAUCAUCAUGGACGACGUAGACGAAGACACGCCCAAAAUAGAGCCAGCAGACACCCCAGUAGUGAUACCAACCCCAAAAACGCGCAAACGACGCCGCGUGAAAAAGCCUAGCUCAGAAUUCGCACCUACAGAAGAAGUAGAAAUGCCCAUAUUUCCACUAGAAAUGUCAGAAGACGGUGACAGCGAUAGGUUAUUUUUAUUAUCGUUUUUGCCAGAGAUGAAACAAUUCCCUCUAGACAUUAAGAUGUGGGUCAGAGCACAGAUUGCUAACAUUAUGCAGGAGGCUGUGACUACGCAUUUUAAUAAACUCGAAGCGGGGACCUCGCAUGACAAGCGGUUCCAGGUUAAAAGACAGAAUAGAGAUAGUUUUGACUAGUCUAAGUUGUUGAUUAUUGUAAGGUUUAUUAAAGUUGUUUUUUU